GAAUCUUUGAAACUUUUAGAGAAACAGAUAAACUAUUUAGAACUUAAACAAAAUAAUUAUCUUAAGACUGAUUAUGAGUGAAAUCAAAACGGUAAUAGACCGGUGGAUGAUCACCUGAUCUGUGCAGCGCUGCCUGAGGCCACCUUUGUGAACUAACCUCGUGGUCACCUGUGUUAACCUGUGGCGGAUUUCUCUAACCAGGUAUUACUGUCGUAAUUGAAUUUGUCUGCUACUAGCUGGGGUCACCUACAUAUAAUGACCUCAGAUAGAGACUUUAUGACUCUUAAGUUUGACAGCGACUUAGAAAAUGAUAAGUUAGAAGUGGUGAUUAAGUUAGUCGUAAUGAUCUACUCUGACGAAUCUUCAGUGCUUCAAAACCAACGUAGAAUAAACACCUAUUAACCUAUAGUGACUCAGAUCAAGGUGUGGUGAUCAGAGACUAUGUGGGGAAAACCUGGGAAGGAUGAGUACCUCCCCGUCAGAAGGCAAGAGCCGCGCGGAGGGAGGGAAGUGGUGGCGGCAGGUCGGGGUGCCUCAAGAUAGAGUGCUGAGGACCACUGCUGUGUUGGUCGUUCUCUGCUGCGCCGCCGUCACUAGAGUCCACGCUACCUUCAACCACCGCUCCUACUGCGGGGUGUCUGCCUACAGCCACCGCUACUACAUGAGGAUUGUGGGUGGUAGGAGCGUGUUGGCGGGAGAGUGGCCGUGGCAGGUAGCGCUACAGCAGAAGGACCCAUACAGUGGCAGACGACUCGGUCAGCACUGCGGGGGGACUCUGAUCCACCCGUCCUGGAUACUGACAGCCGCCCACUGCAUCGUUGACCCAAUUUUCAAGUUUGCGUUGCCGCCACCCUUCUGGACAGUGAGAGUUGGAGAGGUCAGUUUGUCAGCCGAGACCCUACGCCUCUACCCUGUCUCCAAGAUCAUUACACACAAGCACUUCGACUCCAAGACCUGGGACAAUGACAUCGCUCUAGUGAAGCUCCGAAAGCCUCUGAACCUGGAGGAACACGCUGGUCUGGUCAACACCAUCUGUUUACCAUCUAGGAACAUGUCCUUCGUCGGCCUCCAGUGCUCUGUCACCGGGUGGGGCAGGACCAAGAAACACGGGAGUAACUCGGACAUGCUGCAGACCAUCCGGGUGCCCGUUAUGCCCACCAAGAAGUGCCAGCGCUCCUACAGGAAGAUCAGCCCCGUCAGUAAUAGCAUGAUCUGUGCCGGCUGGGAGGACGGUGGCAUGGGGCCCUGUGUUGGUGACAGUGGAGGGCCCCUACAGUGUCGGGCGAGGGGAGGCCCUUGGAUCCAGGCUGGCAUCACCUCGUGGGGGGUGGGAUGCGCCGAGCCCUCUUACCCCGGCGUCUACAUCAGGGUCUCUGAUUACCUCGACUGGAUCUACAAACACCUGGAGAAGACCUACUGACACCCGACCCGCCGAGCAACACCAGGGCGGCAGACGAGCGACGACUCUCACUCUGCCUUGAUGCAUCAGCAAACAGGACAAGAUGUACAGAACCUGAGUGUCGUAAUAAUCUGACUGGAUCACAGGUAUACAGGCCCGAGUAGUUGACGUUAUGAGUCGACGUGUAUGUCUGACUUGGGAGUUUUGGGGUGGAAGUUAUUAUGUAAUUCAUGACCCUUGAUGAAAAGAAAAUCUGUUAAGUGAUCAAACUUUUGAAGAACUACAAAUUAGCAAAUCAUAAAAAAAUUACAUAAACUCAGGUAGACAUAAAGUGGAGAAAGAAAAUGAUAAUACUCAUUUCAUUAAACACAAAAACGAACAAGAAACGACUGUGUUGGUGAAGGACAGGUGAUGCAAUUAACAAAAUGAGAAGCUCGGAACAUUCAUGAUAAUGAUGGUGUGAGUUUUGAUUUGUGACGUGACGUUAAAUAUUGUUGUUUUCACGGGAUGCGCAGGAGACUCUUGUGUAUUACAUAAAGCUCUAGUAUUUGCUGUGUAUUAACAAGAAACACAUUAUAAAUGAGAACCCGCAGAAGAAAAGAAAACACUAGACUGAACUCCAAGAUGACACUCUGAAAGGCCUGACAUCAGACUAGCAACAAUGAGAGAGGAAUAACAUUAUAACUGUAUUUACUAGAGUAAGAGACUUCAGGCAUUAAUAAGACAAAAUAACAUUUAAUUAUCACACAUCAACUGGAGAUCAUUUUCAUCUUCUCAUUUUAUAGACUUGUGUACAUAUACUGUAUUAGGGACGUUCAGCCCAGAGUCUCAGUGGAAAUGGAGAAGAAUGUGUUAAGUUUCUGUUCUCGUUUGAAGGCAUUUUCCUGAAGUUUUCUAGAUUGGAAGUGAAGAAGAAAUGUGUUCUUUAAGGGGAGUCUGUUGCAGGAGCUGAACGACGACAACUUUACACGUUGGCACUACGGCAGACGUCACCUCUCUGUCACCCAGGGUACAAGUGCCUGCAGUGCCAUGUUGGUGUUGGUUAGUUAGUGUUUAUUUGUUAAUUUAUUUAUUUAUUUAUUUAUUUAUACAUUUAUAUACCACGUCACCUCGUGGAGGAUGUGUUAGCUCCGUCAGCCCAAGGAUAGUCACAUUAGUCCUUACACACGACUCAUUGAUUAACCUGAUCAACUAGAAUGGAAUGGAGCGUGGACAGACUUACCCUCCCCCCCUCCCCCACACACACCAACACCUAUUGGCUGGGUAAACAACGUUGAGCCCGUACCAUAAAAACAGCGCCAGUAAGAGCAAUCCAAGACGUUUGACGAUCCCUUCCGACCCAGUGAGAACACGCUAAUGGAGGGUAAGUCAGAUGAAAGAUUGAUCCUUACCUUCUGAGGCGCUGUUUGACGACACGAGUACAAGGAUGACGGGUCACUGAGUUUCUCUUCCCCCAGUUUUGCAGGGCAGCGUACAAAUGAUGGUAGACCUUAGCGUUCAUUGCUGCUUGUUGUGUCUCUGUGUGCGUGCAUGUAAUAAAAAACGUGACGACAGUGUAAAGAUAUUAUUAUUAUUAUUAUUAUUAUUAUUAUUAUUAUUAUUAUUAUUAUUAUUAUCCACUAAUCCAUUGACCUUAGAGAUUGUGAAAAAGAAAUCAUAACAACAGGACUGUCCAAUCACACCAAAAUCCGCUCAAGUAAAUCCUCGACUAAACCAGAUGUCUCACGUUGUUUCAUCUCGCUUGUAAUAAUCAUUUACAUUCACGUUCAUCAGUGUACUGUAUAUAUCAGUUCAAAUAUGCAAGUUGUAUGUUAUUAUUUCGAAACACAAUGAUACGGUAUAACACGCUGGUAAAUUACACCUGCACACAGAUCACCAGGUGUUCUCUUCAUUAAUUCACAAGGACAAGUUUCUCAUGUGGUGGCUAUAAUUGUCAUGGCAUUUAUCAUUUAUUUUUUGUGUAUUAUACAUUAUUGUUAGGAUUCAUUAUUUUUCUUAUGUGUUGUUUGUCAUCGUGUAUUCUAUGUAAAUGUUUUACCAUGUGCUCAUUAACAUCUAUUCUUUACUUAAUGUUUUAUCAUAUGUCGGUCAUAUUUGUAGCUUAAAAUCACGCUGACAUCACACGGACAGUGAAGCGACGUUUGUUGGAUGUGAUUCUGUUCCGUAUACAACUAGUAAUUUACGGUAUCUAUAAUCUUAAGCAUCCAUGUGAUCCAUCAACCUUCUUAGUUUAUAUAGUAUCAGAUCCUACAAGACGAAUAAAUGUGGUCGUGGUUUAUAGAGACACACUACUCUGUAGUUUCUUCAAAAUCCAAUUGUUGUUGAUGUUAUAAUGUGUUUACUACGCCUCAACAACUAUAAAGUCUUUAAGCAUGUAUAUUAGAUUAGUCAUGACCAUGUAAAACUUAUGAAAGCUAUAACUCAAAUCUGCCAUCUUGAGGGACGUGUACACCUUGGACAAUGUUUCUUUGGGUCUGAGGAUCAAGCUUGAGUUAUCUACAGUAUACUACUUUGUGUCAGAGAAGUUAGUUGUUUUUCUUUAGUUCACGAGUGACGCUCUCAGUAGCAGACCCACGUAUGUUCAGACAUAACUGAUCUGACUUUCGCUUUAGUUCAGUUCCGUCUAAGAAGAAGUCAUGUUCAAUAACUCUUAUAGGUCAUGACGAAUUUGUACAGAAAAGUGAAGACCCGUUUAUUAGUGAAUGGGUGACUUUCACCGUCACUGAGCAAGUUAGUUAUGAAGUUACUGUAACAACUGAAGGAGAGACAGGUCAUGAGGUAAGGUAGAGUGUUUGAGAGUGUUGGAAGGUGUUUGAGGGUGUUGGAAGGAGUUUGAGGGUGUUAGAAGGUGUUUGAUAGUGUUGGAAGGUGUUUGAGGGUGUUGGAAGGUGUUUGAGGGUGUUGGAAGGUGUUUGAGGGUGUUGGAAGGUGUUUGAGGGUGUUG